ACGUCACCACACCAGUAGCAUGACAAACCCUUUAACACCGCCAUGACGUCAUCAGUAGUCAUCAGUAGCAUGACGUCACCGUUGUGCUGUCCGUUGUCAUGGUAGAACGUCAAUGACGAUGAAGUGUGGCAUGCUGACACGGUCACGGUACAUGGACAGGAAAUUAACGUUAAAAAUCAAUGGUAAACGUAAAGUGCAAGGUGUUCUCCGUGGGUUCGAUCCAUUUAUGAAUGUGGUCCUCGAUGAUGCAUAUGAGGAGAGAAAGACAGAAGACAACAGGACAGAACUUGCUUCAAUUGGCAUGGUGGUUAUUCGAGGAAAUAGCGUCAUCUUAUUAGAGUCGAUGGAACGAGUAUGAUCAUGUGAAAUGUGACCUCCACGAGGCUGUUGUGUGUUUUUAUAAGUGACAAUGACACUAUCAGUACAUUUACCAUCAUGACAUCUUGUCAAAUAUCGAAGGAGGAUUUCAAUAUGAAAUCUGCUUUGUAAUUGUAUAUAACAGUCUACCCAUAAGUUGAGGGAUGUCCGCAUGAUUCAGCAAUUACAUCAUGGGCGUUUUUUCCUGUCAAUCUUAUUGAAAGGCCCUAUUCAAUUGGAGCAUACAGAUUAGCUCUAAUAAAGUGCAGAAAAUGAAUCAUGUUGAAAUUAUAACCACAACUUCUUGUGUGGAACUGGUCAACAGUGGUGUUGCAGUGCUGGACAUAAGAUUUUUGUAGGGGGCACAUUUGAAGGCCAUUUUAGAUAAAGUGGCCUUCUGUCGUAGAAAACAUUAAAGAAAACUUAAAGGGCACAAGGCCAAAUGGCUAUAUCUAGUGCCAAGUGGCCAAUAGCCUCAGUGCCUUGGCUUAUGUUUUGCCCUGAUGCUGUGGGUUUAUAACAUUUCUAUAUAACAAAGUCUGUGGAGUCUUUCACUGCCAUUUCAUUUUGUCCAUAUUUUUGUUUCAUGUUGACUUGUGUGUAAUAAGCAAAAAGAUACCAGGGGUGCGUAUCUGGGGAUAAUAAUUGUUUGACUCGCUCUGUGGAUAUCCAAUUUUACCAGUGAGUAUGACUCUAGUUUUGUCAAAGGUCUCUGAGAAGCACUCUUCCAUUCCUAUAUCACAUUCAUAGCUCAUUCGAAAUCAUCUCCUUGCACUGAACUUGUAUUUUAUAAAUAAAAUAGUGUACUAUAACA